CCAAGAUUUUGAACAGAGCGCGGUUAGCAUAGCAGUCGUGUGCUCUGUUCGCGAAGCACAGAGUGGGUGUGGGCCUGUGUUUUUCCAAAAAACUUCACGUUCGAAAACUCAUGGCGGUGCCUUAUUAUGUUUGGCGACGUCCAAGCAGUGAGUUUAAUUCUCCAGCUAAAUUGUUCGCCAAGCUGAAAGCUAAAGCAAGUACAAAAGUGAUGCACGCCAACGAGGGAGCCUUAUUCGAUGAAGAGCAGACGUUUGAAGAGGAAUACGGAGAGGAGCUGAGUCCAACACUGAGCAUCACUGAUUCUGAUAGUGUUUCGAAAGGAAAUGUUCUCAACGACACUACCAGGUAUGGUCAAGUGAAAGCGCUGACUCUUUCGCCUUUAAAGAGUCCAGAUAAACGCUACUCGAACAGACGGGCAGUGGACAACUUGCAUGUUACAGACACCGGAAAUGGAUUCAGAUCCCAACACAACAAACAUCCCAUGGAGUCCACUGCAAUGUUUAGCCGUGACAUUUACGCAGAACCAGUCCCAUGUUCUAGAAACCUUGAGACCACCAAGACUCCAGUGAAGAGAGCGUUUAAAGAAGAAUUUGCUCCCGUUGGCACCGCCAUGCUUUCAGACACCCAUUUUUCCCCCAUGAAGAAGAAAUUUAAGACAAACAAACAUCUGCUGCCAGAGAUGAAUGACAACACCAACAUGGAGGACCCAGAGAGUGAAGAAAUGUAUCUAUUCGCUGCAAGCCAAAACACACGUAAACAUCUGCAUCCCCACCCAAUAUCCCCAAGGAUGAAAAGAGGCGCCGUGUUCACGGAUAACCUCAUGUCCCCUGCCAAGAUCUUUGCCUACAUCAAGGAGAGAGAGAACAGAAAACUGAAAGGGAAAUACCGUGACACAUGCAGGGAACCCCUGAAUGAUGGAGGCGACAGAUGUCGAUCCCCUUCUCUCAGUUGGAAGAAGUUCGAUGAAGACAAUGCUCAAAGUGAUUCGAACAGUAAGACCCCAGUGACCAAGACUCGAGUGAAGGUUGCCAGCUGCCAGCCAGACACACGUCAUCCCAAGGAGGCUGCUUCCCCUGUUGUGGCGUCGGAACCUAUUUUGCUGGAAGAUCCAAUUGUCUUUAAAACACCCCGCAUCGCCAUCCCAAAGAAACGCCAGGCUGUGUUCAAGAACAAGCAAUGGCCAAAGCCCAAAGAAAACACAACCAAUGAGGGUGUGAUUUAUCUUAAAAAAUGGUUCCUGAGGAGGAAUCGCAAAGGCAUGUUUGUCGAUGGAAUCCGCUUAGAGGACAACAUACAGUGGAACAGUAACAUCAUAGUAGAGAGAUUUUCCAACACCGAGCUGAAGACCGUCUCUGGCAGGAUUUAUAGCUUAGUGGGCAAGAUGGAGAUGGAUGUUAAAAAUAGGUUUCCCAUGUGGCUUUUGAGGAGGUUUGUGAAUGGAUUUCCUGUUAACUGGAAGGAGCUUUACGAGAAGUUUCUGUUCGAGUUACAAGAAGAAAAUGUUGAACCAAAAAGCCAAAUUACCAGGACAGCAUCAGAGACAUCUGCCCUCAUACAAACAAGGAAACGGCCGAAGAAAUCUCCUGUUAGGACCUCGGAUUCUUGUUUGCCUUGUUCUUCUUCCACAAUAGUGUCUCGCAGUGGUCGCCUGAUAAAGCCACCCUUGGAGUACUGGAAAGGAGGCAGGGUCAUUGCGGACGCAGACAUGAAUAUUACUGUCUUUGAAGGUUACAAUACACCCAUCGACUACCCCGUGCAAGUCUCUUCAGCAAAGUCCAGUGGAGCACCUCAGCAACUUUCCCAGGCUUUACAAGACUCUACUAAAAGUUGUCAACAUAAGUUCAAAAGUGAUGGCGAGCCGCAAGCACCACUGAGGAAAGUCAAAGCCCCAGUCAGCAAACAUAAUGUGAAGCAAGUUCAACCUGAGAAUAAUCUCUCUGUUUUAACCCGAGCUGCCAUGAAGAAGCAAAGCCAUCCCACCACCAGCUCUGAUAAACAGUCAAGUGAUAAAAAAAAGCUUCCAUUUCAAAGGGAAGCCCAAAAACCUGCUGUGUGGAGCUCCAAAAAGAAGGCUCACAAAGCUGAGGUGCCUCCGCUUAGCAUCUCACUGAGAAAUCGAACCAUUGCUCAGCCUCAGAUUUCUGAAAAUGCCAAACUGUCUGAGUCUUUGGAAGACAAAGACGUGUUUAUUGGAAAAAAAACAAAACGGGACAAGAGGCAGAGAAUCAGGAAGCUCUCAGCAUCCAAUCCAUGCCCAGAGAAAAAACCUAGAAGGGCAGCCAAAUCGCCAACAACUGUCAAUGUUGCACAGACAAAAACUGAACGUCGCAAAAGCAAACCUACACCACCCGCAAAGUUCAGCAGAGGCAGCGCAGCGCAGCCUCACGCCCAAGAUGCACAGUGGACGCAGGAUGAGCUGGAAAAACUGCAAAAGGCUGUGUCCAAGUAUCCUAUGCAUGCUUUGGGCUACUGGGAAAAGGUGGCCAUGAUGGUUGGCACACGCUCUGCAGAGGAGUGCCACAAAAAGCACACGCUCAAGAGAAACACUACACCCAAGAGCACCCAUAAAACCAAAAAGGAAAAAGCAGGAGUGCCAAAGGACCAUGCUUCCAUUCCAGACUGUCCUGUAAUAACUGCAAAAGUCGGCACCUUAAGGAGAAAACAACAGGUGCGUCACUUCCUAGAGAACAUGCCCAGAGAGGACAUGGAAGAUGCUUUCAGCACAGCAUACAUGCAGAAUAAACGCUUAGAGGUCCCAUCCAUAGGUUCAGGUGACGACAUGGACUUAACGCUGGGGAAUGUGGCGCCUCAGACUCCCAUUUCAUCAGAUUUCCCUGAAGUGAAGACUCCUAAUUGUAUCACUCCUGGAAUGAUGUUCUCUCCUCACAGGAGCAACAGUGAUAAGUAUGUUUUCCAGCUCCAGAAAAAGAUGAAAAGAAAUCGCUUCAAUGUUGCCAAACGAGUUCCAACAAAGAGCAUCACACCCACACCAUCAGUCAAACAAACAGAGAAAAAAUGGGAAAACACAGAAAAAGACUCCUUUGUCGUUCGGGAGAUGUUUCCAGACAAAGCUAGUAUGUUGUUGGACAGCGGAGAAGAAGAGGACUUUUACUUUUCAGACGAUGACCAAAACCUCAUGUUUCAAAAACGCAAACUCUAAUUAUGUUUACGAAAAGUUAGUGAAACUACAGGAACAUUUUUAA